UUCCGGAGGCUCCGGAGUCCGGGCGACCCGGGCUUCUGUGAAACAUGGCGGUCGGCUGGGGCCGUAACACAAGCAUAACUAUAUGAAGGAAAAAGAGGAGGGUUUUCCUGAAGAUGAGGCGACUGAAUCGGAAAAAAACCUUAAAUUUGGUGAAAGAGUUGGAUGCCUUUCCUAAGGUUCCUGAGAGUUAUGUAGAGACUUCAGCCAGUGGUGGUACAGUUUCUCUAAUUGCAUUUACCACUAUGGCUUUAUUAACCAUAAUGGAAUUUUCAGUGUAUCAAGAUACAUGGAUGAAGUAUGAAUAUGAAGUAGACAAGGAUUUUUCUAGCAAAUUGAGAAUCAAUAUAGAUAUUACUGUUGCCAUGAAGUGUCAGUAUGUUGGAGCAGAUGUAUUGGAUUUAGCAGAAACAAUGAUUGCAUCUGCAGAUGGUCUAGUUUAUGAACCAGCAAUAUUUGAUCUUUCACCACAGCAAAAAGAAUGGCAGAGGAUGCUGCAGUUGAUACAAAGUCGGCUACAAGAAGAGCAUUCACUUCAAGAUGUGAUAUUUAAAAGUGCUUUUAAAAGUGCAUCAACAGCACUUCCACCAAGGGAAGAUGACCCAGCACAGCCUCCAGAUGCAUGCAGGAUCCGGGGCCAUCUGUAUGUCAAUAAAGUAGCAGGGAAUUUUCACAUAACUGUGGGCAAGGCAAUUCCACAUCCCCGAGGUCAUGCCCACUUGGCAGCACUUGUCAACCAUGACUCUUACAACUUUUCUCAUAGAAUAGACCAUUUAUCUUUUGGAGAGCUUGUGCCAGGAAUUAUUAAUCCUUUAGAUGGGACUGAAAAAGUUGCUGUAGAUCACAACCAGAUGUUCCAAUAUUUUAUUACCGUUGUGCCAACAAAAUUACAUACAUAUAAAAUUUCAGCAGACACUCAUCAGUUUUCUGUGACAGAAAGGGAGCGUGUCAUUAACCAUGCUGCGGGCAGCCAUGGAGUCUCUGGGAUAUUUAUGAAAUACGAUCUCAGUUCUCUUAUGGUGACAGUGACUGAGGAGCACAUGCCGCUCUGGCAGUUCUUUAUAAGACUUUGUGGUAUCGUUGGAGGAAUCUUUUCAACAACAGGUAUGUUACACGGAAUCGGAAAGUUUAUAGUUGAAUUAAUUUGCUGUCGUUUCAGACUUGGAGCCUACAAAUCUGUCAGUUCUAUACCCUUUGAGGAUGGCCCCACGGACAACCAUGUACCUCUUUUAGAGAAUAACUCUCAUUAGCACCUCCCGAGUGGAGGUGAACGAACUUUGCGUGAGACAGAAAACCUUUUUUAAUAAUAAAAUAGUGUGCAAUAUAUUCAAAGAAAAUAAAAUAUGAAUGAGAAGCUGGAAACACACCUAUGGGGGGAAAAAAGACGCAAACAAGCCCCAAACUGAAACCUAUAUAUGUUUUGUCUGUUACAAUUGCCCUUGAAGAAAUUAUGCCACUAAUCAGUGAUUAAGCCCAACGGAAGCAUUGCUUUGAAGGUGACCCUUCUGAUCCUUCCAGAACAAUGGGCAGUACCUACACUAGACCUGGCUUCUGAGUGACAAACACGGCUGAAGAAAAGGCACCGAUAAGUGCAAAUGUUUGUGCCCCUUUGUUUUUAAAAGCUAUGAUGUGAGAAUAAAAUAUGGAAAACUAGUCUAGACUUUAAAAAAUUGUGACCAGGUCCCAUUAUUAAUAAAGGAAAAUGGGGACUAUUCCCUAUGUUAUAGCCAUAGUAAUGUUAAGCCAUAUUGACAAGGCUAUUGGAGAAUUGGGUCCUAAGAAGGUAACUUCUUCUUUGAACUGUGCUUAUUGACUGUUCAGGACUGGGUCUAAGAAGGCUAAAGUUAAUUCUACAGGGGGAGAUUCAUAAGUACAAUGAGAAAUAAAGGAAGCAUCAUUGACAGCUUUUAUAGUGGGGGGCUUAUGUAUUGAGAAAGCACAUUUUUUUAAAAAAGAUAUAAAGUUUGAUAAUUUGAUCAUUGUAGUAUUGGCAUGCUAAAGGGGCAGGGAAGUGAUAUAAAAAGAUUCACUGCUGAUAAUAGAAAGUAGUUUAUCAAAUAUUUGAGGAGAAAAGCAGGGAGGGAAUCUUGGGUACAUGUUAGGGUGAGUGGGGAGUAGGGUAAACUUAAGUCAGUAUAAUGUGAAGUGUGAGAGACACCGUACUAAAUCAUGUCUGUUAGCUGGAGUCGAUUGCAAAAGAAGUAUGUGCAUUCAUUCAGGGUGUCCUGGUUGAUUCUGUAUUUGUGUGUAUUUUGGUUUUCUUAACUAUUUGAAGGGUUGCUUUUAAAGUCCCGAAUAUAAGAGAUGAGAAACAAUGUGAGGGCGCUAUCACUCGGGUGCCAUUACAAACUAAUGUGUGUGCCAACAUCCCUUUUUUAGUACUUAGAGGAAUCAGCUAGUAUACUUAAUUUUAAUCAUUUAGGGAAAUGGGCCAACAAUUCUAGGUAAAGAACAAUGUCAAAACUUUAAGAGAGUAGAUUCAAAUGCUGGCUUGUGGCGAAGGAGGUGUCAUGAGUUAUUAAUGGCUUUUUCCUUUUUUAAGUUUCCUCCGAGCAGUUGGAUUUACUGUAAUGAAGAGCAGGGGAGAGAAUGACAAAGCUACACUUGCAGUAAAGUUUCUAUUGGAUAUUAUUUUGCAGAAGAUAACAGAAGCAUGUUUGUUUAAAACACAGUGCUUUUAUUAACUGAUUAAUAUAAGUGACAUAUUCAUGGUUUUAAAACAUUUAAAACAAAAAAACACCAGAAAGUAAAUGCACUUCUGGGUUCUUGUGUUUUUCAGCUAUUGUUUUCUUCUAAACUCUUAUGAGGAAUGACAGGAAUUUUAAAAGACAUUUUCAUUCAAAUUAGAAUUCUAUUGAAUUCAGAUUGCAUUUUCACUCUCUUGAAUGUCUGGAAAUUCAACAAAAUGUUUUGAUUUUACUGGGAGGAAAGAAAAUAGAUUAAGUUUAUUUUCGUUCAGUUAGAGUUAUAACAGUUUUUACAAAAGCCUUGUUAAAAUUAUUUUGAUACUUAAGUUCAUUGUUUACUUGCUUUUCAAAUACCAUACUAAAAUCUUAAUGGAAUUAAUCUGUCCAAGUGAAAGUGACUAUAAAAGGAAUUUUCUAAAAUGAAAAUCUGUUUGGCUGUUAAUUUCCAUUAAAAGUUGAAAAGAGGUUUCCAGCAGACAUUCUCUAAAUAGGGCUAGAUUUUUGGCCUUGCAAAUAUUGAGAUUCUGGCCACCUGUGACGGUUAUGGCUACAAAUGAGCAUCGAUUGGGAGGUUUGGGACAGACUUCACCAAGUGUUUCCUGCUGACAAGAGCACUUUCCUGUCCUGGCUAGUGCAGAGCUUUGCCCUGGGCCAGCGGUGUCCAGAGCUAAAAUAACCAGCUGUUUUAUUCAAGCCUCCUUUCCCUUUUAUUAGGGUAUUUAUGUCACUCUAGAAAUCUGAUCUCAAGUUAUGUGACAUGGAUUUUUUAUUAUCUUUUUUAUCUUUGCCUAUAUUUGGCCUGUAAAAAUUAAUACCUUUAAGUGAAUAUUUGUACACUUCAAACUACCUCUUUGGAAAAGUAUAACUAUGUGAGUUAUACAAAAUUACUGCUAAUUAUCAACUUGAUUAUCACACUUUUCUUAAGCAUUUAUGGGUACUUUUUUUUUUUACAAAAAUUAUUAAUAUAAACAAAGUUUGCGAUCUUGACUAAACUGUAUAAUUCAGAAAGGAAUGACUAAGGUCUCAUUUUUCAUGGUAUAAACAGGAAUCUUUAUACAUUCUUUUUAUGUCUUAAGUUAGUGACUCAAAUAUAAAACAAACAUUUGCAACGCUACUACUUGAAAAAUAUAGUUUACACUUGAGUUCAAGGUGCAUUUUUUAAUAAUUUAAUAUUUACUUAGACCUAAGCAGUAGGACAUUUAAAAUCACAGAAUUUCCAUUGAUCUAUUGCAUAAGUUAUUUUUCUAUGUUUUCAGUUCUAGCAAGCCAAAUGGAGUUGCCCCUUUAUCCAACAUUGUUCAAAUAGAGCACUAUUUCUUUACUAUUUUAUGCUAUAAUUCUUGGAUCAGUCCCUAGUAUUCUCUUAAUUGUUACCACGUAGACCAAGUAUAGUUCUUAUUCCUGUUUCCUAAGCAUUUCCUCAGUAAUGAAGUUGUUUGCAUCAGUUUAGGAAUAGAAAACAAACUGCCUUGGACUUUUAUAUUUUUCUUGUUGAUUUUUGUUUGGUUUGGGGGAGAGAUAAGUGGAUAUAAAACAUUUCAAGUGUUAUCUCAUCCCCCAACAUUUGGACUCUAAAUAAAACUACAAGUUGUAAGCGC